AUGAGUGAACAUGAUACAACCCUAUUGCUGGCAUUGGCUGGAAAAUUGGAUGCUGAAUUGAGGGUAAAAGGAGAAAUUACUUACAAUGGACACAAACUUAAUGAAUUUGUGCCAAGAAAAACUUCAGCAUAUAUUAGUCAAAAUGAUGUUCAUGUUGGAGAAAUGACUGUUAAAGAAACAUUGGAUUUCUCAGCUAGAUGUCAAGGAGUUGGAACUAGAUAUGAUCUAUUAAGUGAGCUUGCCAGAAGGGAAAAGGAAGCUGGUAUAUUUCCUGAAGCAGAACUUGACCUUUUCAUGAAGGCUACUGCAGUGAAAGGAACAGAAAGUAGUCUCAUUACUGAUUAUACUUUAAAAAUUUUAGGGCUUGAUAUUUGUAAGGACACCAUAGUGGGAGAUGAGAUGCAUAGAGGUGUAUCUGGUGGCCAAAAGAAACGUGUCACACAGGUUAUCUCCUAUUUUUGCAGCCUCUUCAUCAUGCUGCAAGAGGUGAGCAUGCUGAUGUAAUUAGGUUGUUGCUUUCUAAUGGUGCAUCAGCCACAAAGGAAAACUUAUAUGGAAAGACCCCUGCAGAGUUACCUGAACACGGCACAGAUGCUAGGAGGCUGCUUGAAGCCGCUACUACUGCCAUGGCAACCUAAUAAUAGGCAUUAACAUGGUGAUUAGUACAAAUAUUUAGUUUAAUUUUGAUAAAGCUCAAUGUUUGUUCAUAAAUUUGUGUAAUUAAUGUGUACAUUUGUAGUAUAUGUUAUGACUUGUAAAUGUGUACAUAAAUUUGUAUAUAUUUUGAUACAUUUAAGGCAAAAUUGGUUUGAAUUGGUAUA